GCGGCGGGUGGCUCCGUGGCUCUCUCCCCCGCCGCCAACGCCCGCACUCAGCCACGAUGCUCCACAGCGACCCGACCGUCUCUAAAAAGAGAAAACACUUGAACCACCGCCUCAGGGGGCAACAGCGCUUGGCGCUGAGCAGCAACAUCUACCUCCUAAGAGAGACUGGCCCCACCGGCUUCCUGCUGAGAGAGGAGGAGCCGGAGAACGGGGAUUUUCGAGUUUUUCUAGGAAAUCCCCAUGUUUGUAACUGUUCCACAUUUCAGAAAAAAGGGGAGCUUUGUAAGCAUAUAUGCUGGGUCUUGUUGAAAAAAUUCAAGCUUCCAAAGAAUCAUGAAUAUGCACUGAAGUUAGGUCUCAUGGAAGGGGAAAUCAAUGACUUGCUUCAGGGAAUACAUCAAGUUAAAGUUCCCCAGGAAAUAGAAAAUGAUGAAAACUCACAUAUCGAAGAAGGUGGAUAUGUUAAACAGAAGGAAAUUGACUCUGAUGAUAUCUGCUCUAUUUGUCAAGAAUUACUUUUAGAGAAAAGGCUUCCUGUCACUUUUUGCAGGCUUGGCUGUGGCAAUAAUAUGCAUAUAAAAUGCAUGAAGAUCUUCGCUAAUUAUCAGGAUACAAUAUCAAACACUUCUAUGUUGAAAUGUCCUCUGUGUAGGAAAGAGUUUGCACCAUUAAAACUUAUUUUGGAGGAAUUCAGAAACUCCAGCAAACUUGUGGCUGCAGCUGAGAAAGAGCAACUGGACAAACAACUUGGAAUUCCCUGUAAUAACUGUAAACAAUUUCCAAUUGAGGGAAAGUGUUAUAAGUGUACCAAAUGUACAGAAUAUCAUUUAUGCCAGAAAUGUUUUGAUAGCUGCUGCCAUCUUUCUCACUCAUUUACAUUUCGUGAGAAGAGAAACCAAAGAUGGAAAUCAGUAGAAAAAAGAUCAGAUCAAAUUGUAAAUAUAGAUAUUAAAAAUGAUGUGGAAGAAAAGAUGCCACACUAUCAAGAAAAGCAAGGCCAGGUUUACACCCCGAAACAGGCGGUGAAGUCCCUGCCUCUUUUAGUGAUCACCAGAAGCAGCGUGCUGCUCGCUCCAGGCUACCAGUGUCGGCUUUGUCUGAAGGCGUUUUGUCCUGGUCAAUAUAUAAGGUUGCUCCCGUGUACUCACAAGUUUCAUAGGAAAUGUAUUGAUGGUUGGUUAUUCUACAAGUGCAAUUCAUGCCCUCUUGAUGGACAAGUUAUAUAUAAUCCUUUAAUCUGGAGAAAUUCAGCAGUGAAUGGAUGCAUAUCUCAUUCUGAUUCAAACACAGACAUCAGUCAUCUGUCAAAACAGGAAGAAUCAAGACUUUUUGUUCCUGGUACUGGAUUAGUCUUAAAGCAAAAUAGACGUGGAAUUUUACCUAACAUCCAUCAGCGUAAUUCUGCAAUGUCGAAUACACCUCAAAGUUCCACAGAUACCUAUCAGAAUAUAACAACAGAUGAUCCACACUCUAUCAAAUUAGAUGAUUCAAAUUUAAGAAAAUUAAUAUAUGAAUAUAAAAUUAGCCAACAUUUCCCCAGGUAUCUUCAAGAUUUGCCCACUAGAAAUGUUGGGAGAAUAUUAUCUCAAACAUUUUUUCCUUCUAUUGCUCCCAACAUGUGUCCCAGUGGAAGAGAAAGCACAUGUAUCAAAGGAAAAUACCACACUGGUCAAAGCCAGAAGAUGACCGAAGGCGGUAAACACAUUAACCACAAUUUAAAGAAGAUUCGUGGUACUAAAAUGAAAGAGUAAAAUAGGAGCCCAGUGAUUGCAGAAGAUUUAAGUUUUAUUGUCAAUUGGAAUACACUAAGUUUGACUAAAAAACAUGAUAAUUGUAUGGGGAAAAAAUGUCAUCUAUCAAGAAGAUCUUUAUCUCAUCCUUUAAAUAAAAAAAUUCAGCUAUAUUUAACAUUGGAAGGAGUUUAG